ACGUGGCUUAGGUUGAUUAUCAUUACUUUAAUGUGUUUUACCCUCAUUGGUACAGAAUGAGGGUAAUUUUCAUCUUGGUAUUCUUUGCCGUCCUGGCGAGUGUUACUUAUGCAGGGAAGGGAAGCAUGUCUGAAUCUGACAGCGGAAGCUCCACACGGACUAGUACGGGUACAGGUAAAGGGACCGGAACAGGCACUGGUGUAGAUGGGAAAAGCGGUACAGGAACGGGCACAGGAACCGGUACAUUUACUUUCACCCACUCUGAUACUGGUAGCGGAACUUCUAAACCAUCAAGCGCAAGUAAAUCAAGUGAAUCAAAGAGCAAAACGAGUAGCAAAAAGAGUAGCAAAAAGAAUAGCAAAAAGAGUGGCAAAGGGUCCGGUCCAAGCCCUCCUGUGUAUCAUUGUAUAAAAGACGGUAUACGAUAUAGUGGAGUAUUUGCUGAUCCAUUCAACCCAUGUAAAGUUUGCAUGUGUUGCAAACCUGGAAUCUAUACGUGCACCAUAAGAUAAUGUCUAAAACCAAAGUGUUGUGAAAAAAUACAAACACUGGAUUCCAAUGGCUGUUGUAUGAAAUGUCCAAAAAUUUGUAAAAAAGAAUGGAAGAAAUGUCCGAAACUUAAUUGUCCAAAGAGGCGUUAUGCAUAUGGAGAAACGGCCUGUUGUCCGUCUUGUGGAUGUGUUAACUUUCCCAGUAAUGCACCCCCAGGCAAAUUUGGAGAUGAGUGUGCGAAGUGCGAGUGUAAUCCCGGAGGUCCCCCAUAUAAUGGGGAUGGAGUAAUUACCUGCAACCGUCCACCAUGCCCUGACAAUAAACUGGAAUGUGUUGACCCUAAAUUUAACAAAAAGUGUGAAUAUAAAUGCCCUCAAGGGCCAACAUGUAGAAGAGGAGAUCUGAUAAUCAAGAAAGGUAAGCCGCAACUUUUAGGCGAUAAAAUUUGUGUUUGUGAAAGAAACUUUUACCCACGUGCGUUCUGUGUGACUGCGAAUCCGUUCGAACGAAAAAUAAAGAAGUUAAUAGAUCAUAAAUGCGUUGCCACGAUAGAAGAACAAAAGAAAAAGUUUCAUAAAGGAAAAGCCAAAGAGCCGGACAGUGGCGUAAGCAGUGCAGGAAAGGGAAGUGGAAAGGGUAAAGGCUCUUCAAGCAAGAAAAGUAAAAGUUCGGGCAAAAUGAGCGGAAAGUCUUCUAGCAAAAAGAGUAAAACUUCGAGCAAAAAGGGUGGAAAGUCAUCAAGCAAAAAGAGUAAAAGUUCGAGCAAAAAGUCAUCUAGCAAAAAUAGUAAAGGUUCGAGCAAAAAGAGCGGAAAGUCAUCAAGCAAAAAGAGUAAAAGUUCGAGCAAAAAGAGCGGAAAGUCAUCAAGCAAAAAGAGUAAAAGUUCGAGCAAUAAGUCAUCCGGCAAAAUCUCGGGAAGUAAAGGCAGUAACAAAAGUUAG